AUGGAGUUUGUCAUCAAGCUUUCCUUCGGCAGCGACGUUCGUCGCAAGCGGUUCACAUCCGUCUCCGACGUGUCGUACCAAGUCAUCAAGGACACGGCCCAGGCAUGCUUUGACCUUUCAGACCUCAUCAUGAAGUACCAGGACGAGGAGGGCGAUUGGUGCACACUUACGCCCGCUACGCUCCCGGAUGCACUGGAUCUCGCAGGGGCUCAGAGUAUUCUCCGCCUGGAGAUCUGCGGAGAUGGAGGCCCUUCUUCGGCUCUCGCGACCCCGCGCAGCGAAACCUCGCUGGGAUCCUGGGAGGCCGUGGACUUCGAGGAGGAGGACGAAGACAUUCAGAUGGUCGAGAGGGACGAGGACAUGCCCUGUGAAGGAGCAACUUCUGCAACGAAGGCUGCGGAGUCCUUGGUACAGGACAAGGACGAAACAGUACUGGAGGCCAUUGAAGCUGCAGAAGGUGUGACCCACGAGGUCGAGACCGUGGUGCCUGAUGAAGAGCUCGAGGAGCCACCUGAAGGGCCGUCAGCUGCCUCAGAGGAGGUUGGUAUGGCGGAGCAGGAAGCCCCAGUCGAACUCACUGCCGAGGAGAAGAUUCAAACCAUCCUCGCUGCUUUCGAUGCGAAUGAAGAUGGCUGCCUGAACUUCGAAGAGUCGAACGAGCUUCAGAAGUUCGCCGAAGGUGACGUGUUGGACCCGACCGUUUUCAAGAUCAUCUGCGGGGAACUCCGAUGCUCACGUCGCGGUUUGGGAGCCAAAGAGCUUCGCAGCUGCUACGAUCGCUUCGGAACGUUAGAUCGGGACUUCAAGGCCGCGCUGCGAAAGAUCCAGUCCGACGAUGCCGGCGGCAAGGUUCCAGGCCAUCGAACAGGUCCAGAAGGUUCCAACAACUGGUCGAUGAUGGUAGCUCUGCCGUUGCUGCCGGUUUGCCCGGUGGCGGCUGCCGGCAUUGCGCUUGCCGUCUCUCUUCGCAACAGGGCUUACUCAUCCUCGUGCGCCCCAUGA